AUGAAUGAAAGAAAAAGCUCAGAAGAUUUGAAAAAAAUUAUAACAGAUGGAGAUUCGUCCGAUGGAACACAUCGUUUAGAUCGUAUUGAUUUGGAAGUUGAUGGAAGUCCAGAUGAAAUUGUUGAAGUAUCUUUGAAAGAUAUUAUUGAAGGAAAAGAUGAAAAAAUCAAAGAAAAAAAUAAAACUGAUUUCAAUUUACAAUAUAUUCGAAGUAUUUUGAUUCAUUUUCCAUGGUAUCAUGGACUUAUUCAAAGUAUUCAUGUUAAAGAUAUUCUCAAGGUAUUGUUUUCUAAUUUUCUUUUAUUUAUUUUUUAGACAUCAUUUGAAUAUUGUUUUCAGUGGGAAUCAUCAUUUGUUGUUCGUCGAAGUGGAGAAGAUGAUGGUAAUGAUUUCUUCUGUUUAUCAGUUCGACUAAAUAAUACAAUUUGGAAUUAUGCAUUUCAAUAUGAGAAAGGAUUUUGGACUUGUUCAAAACUUCCAAUUCCAGAUGCUGAUAAAAAUACAAAAUUUCCACAUAUUCAUUCAGUUAUUGAUUAUUGGAGUCUCAAACAUUCUGGUUGCAUUGUAAGUUUUUUACUUCAAAAGUUCAACAACAUAAAUAAGAUAAUUUACAGCCAGUUCCACGGAAAUUUGUUAUUCUCCACGAAGAUGUCAAAUUUGUUAAAAAAUUAGGAGAAGGUGCAUUUGGAGAAGUAUGGAAAGGAACAAUAUCAAUCAAUAAUUCAAUAAAACAAUGUGCAAUCAAAAAGAUCAAGGGACAAAUCAAAAGAGAACAAAUCAGUGCAUUCUUUCACGAAUCAAUGAUUUUGACACUAUUUGAUCACGAAUGUGUUGUUAAAUUUUAUGGGCAUUGUACAUUGAUAUCACCAUUAAUGGCAAUUAUGGAAUUAGCAAGUGGAGGAACAGUUCGGGUAGGAAAUAAUAAUAAUUGAAUAAUUCAUUCUUCUGUGAUGAUUCUAGAGUUAUUUACGAGGAAAUCGAAAUGCACAAAUUGAUGAUAUGAUAAGUUUUGUAAAUGAUAUUGCGAGAGGAAUGGAACAUUUGAUAUCAAAACGUGUAAUUCAUCGAGAUUUAGCAGCCAGAAAUUGUUUGAUUGGUGAAAACAUGAUUGUGAAAAUAUCAGAUUUUGGUUUAUCUAUUCGAUGUGAAGAAAUUAAAGUGAAAACUUUGAAACAAGCACCAAUGAGAUGGUUGUCACCAGAAACAUUGAAACAAGGAUUAUUUAAUGAAAAAACUGAUGUUUGGUCUUUUGGAGUUGUAAUCUGGGAAAUAUUCACAUAUUGUUCAAAUCAGCCAUUAUAUCCAAAAAAUGUGAAAGAUGCUUGUAUUGAAAUUAAAAAUGUUGAUAAACCACAUAAAUUCGAUCCUACUAAAAAACUUCCACCAAAAGAGAUUGUAAAAAUUAUGGAAAAUUGCACAAGACAAAAACCGAACAAUCGCCCAAAGUUUCGAUUUCUUGCACAAGAUUUGGCAAAAAUUAUGGAAAAUCACAAGAAAAUGGUAUCUAAUUAAUUUGAUAAUUUUUGAAAACAACUAUUUGUAAUACUGUUUUUUUUAGAAAAGAGCGACCAGUAAACGACGUGGAUCGAUAAAAAAAGGUUCGGAACGAGGAAUUUUUGGAUCAAAUCGAAUGAGGAAAAAAUCGAGUGAUCCAAUAUCGGAUCCAACAGCAUCAAAAUCGAAGUCAAAUGAGAGAGAUUCAAAAUCUAGUGAAAUUCCGAAACAUCCAGGAAUUGAUGGACAAAGAGCUGAUACACCCGUUGUCAGAUCUUCACGGAAGCAUGGAAUCAAAAAAUGUUGA